GUGUGUAUAUUUAAUUUGGUUCCAUGUUUUCGUGUAUGUAAGUGAAUUUGAUUUCAUCCUGCCUGCUUUUCGUAUAUACCCACCACACCACUGUGUAGUUACCUAACAAAAAAAAAUCUAUUAAAAUACGAGUAAUGUAAUAAAUGUAUGGCAAUGUACUAUCCUAGGUAUGUUAUUUAUAUAAAAAUAUGAACUUCAUCAGCUGGGAAUGAUGUCAGCCAAUCAGAAAAGGCGUAGUGUCAGUUUUUCGCCUGCGAAGUAGAGGUAACAUCAAAGAAGUUCCACGCGGCAGUUUGUCAUUUAUCUUCAAACGGGAGCUCCCAACUGUGAAGGAAAUGUCUUAAGAAAGUCUUCCUGCUGUCUUCAAUUCACUGUAAAGACGACCACAGAAAAUGUUUUAGGUUGGAAAAUAAGAUAACGAUUUGUUUAUCCUAUUUUAUUCCAUUUCAACAUCCUUUUCAAAGGCUUGUGAUGUUUAUAACAAUAUUAGUAAGUUUGGUGCUUUUUGUCAUCAAUGGUAUAGUAUGUCCACCAGUAAAACCGGGCACCAAACCAAAAGAAGGUGCAUCAGUCAAUGAUACCAAUGAAACAGGACUUGCUUAUGACCGUUACUUAAAUGAAAUUGUUACUGUUUUGGAGGAAGAUCCUGCCUUUAAGAAAAAAUUAGAAACUUCUGAUCUUCAGUAUAUAAAGAGUGGUGCAAUAUCAAAAGACUUAGACUUGGUGCAUCAUGGCAUUCGACAACAAUUGGAUGAGAUUAAGCGAAGAGAAGUAAUUCGUCUGAAAUCUCUUGUCCAAGGGCAGUUUAAAUAUAAAUCUGAAGAAAGAGGUAAUAGAAAAGUGGCUUUGCAUCAUAUCAAUAUAAAUAAUCCAGAUUCAUUUGAACAAGAUGACUUGGCAAAACUCAUCAAACAGGCUACUCAUGAUUUGGAUGAAUUGGAUCGAGAGAGGAAAGAAGAGUUUAAACAAUAUGAGAUGAAGAAGGAGCAUGAAAUAAAACAAAAAUUAGCUAAUAUGAAUGAAACUGAACGAAAAAUUGAAGUUCAACAUAUAAAAGAAAUGAAAGAAAAACAUAAGCAACAUCCCAAAAUACAUCAUCCGGGUAGCAAAGCCCAGCUGGAGGAAGUCUGGGAAGAAGUUGACCGUCUAAAUGGUGAAAACUUUAAUCCCAAGACCUUUUUCAAGCUACAUGAUGUCAAUGGUGAUGGUGUCCUGGAGCCAAGUGAAGUUGAAGCUCUUUUUACAAGAGAGAUUGAAAAGAUGUAUGAUCCAAAUAAUCCUGAGGAUGAUAUGAAAGAAGCCAAAGAAGAAAUUAAUCGGAUGAGGGAACAUGUCUUCAAAGAAGCUGAUACUGAUGAUAACCACCUUUUGGAUGAAGGAGAGUUUGAACGUCUUACUCAACGAGAAGAGUUUGGGAAAGAUGAAGGAUGGAAGGGCUUGGAUGAAGAUGAUGAAAUAUAUUCAGAAGAAGAAAUGCAACAAUAUGAGAAGAUGUUACGUGAAGAAGAAGAGCGCCUUAAAAAGCAACAAAUCUAUGACAAUUUGGCUCAACCGGGACAAGUGGUACAGCCUGUUGAUCCAAACGUUGUUCAUAUGCAGCAACCACAUCAAGAACAACAACAGCAACAUCAGGAGCAACAAAAUCUGCAAUAUGCACAUCAAGAAAAACUCAGACAACAGCAAUUGACUGAUGCUCAACAUCAACAACAGUUUGCUCAACAGCAAGCUGCUUUACAUCAACAGCAGCAACAGCAGCCUGUAGGUCAUCAGCAGCAACAGCAGCCUGUAGGUCAUCAGCAACAACAGCCUGUAGUUCAUCAGCAACAACAGCCUGUAGUUCAUCAGCAACAACAGCCUGUAGUGCAACAGCAUCAGCAACAACAGCCUGUAGUGCAACAGCACCAGCAGCAGCCUGUAGUUCAGCAGCAGCAGCAGCAACACCAACCUGUUGUUCAGCAGCACCAAUAAAACUAUGUUGGUUAACAACAAUUAGUAAAUCCUUUGUAAGUCAACCUCCCAACUCGACUGCAGUCAGGUUCCCUAUAUCAUCCUUUCCUUUUCUGGAGCAAGUCAUUAAAAUGGUUGUCUAUUUUUUUUUUUUUUUGAUUCUUCAGAAACUUUUUGGUUGAAGUGUAUGUGUGUAUACACCUCUUUCCUCAUAUACACACAUAUGCAGAUAUACACUUAUAUCAUUGUUUGAGUGAUAUUCUUUUUCCUUUGCUUAUUCAUGUUUUCCUUUGUUUUUAUCAGUUUGUUAAACCCCCUCCCCACCACCACCACAUGAAAACAAGAAAACAAUGAUGCAACAUGAUGUCUUGUAGGUGCAUUAUUCUAAAUUUGUCUACAUGUGACCUUUUACUAUAAGGACAACAAACAUUGAUUCUGGUGUUUGUGUUAUACUGCUCAAUUGAAUAGUUGUGGAUGGUUUUACAAUAAGCUGAAUCUCAUAUAUAUAUAUAUAUAUAUAUAUAUAUAUAUAUAUAUAUAUAUAUGUAGCACUUGGAUUAUGGAUUAAAAUAUAUAAUGAAAUUAAUGACAUUUGAAUUCCAUUUUUUUUCACUCUAAGAAUAUUUAAUGUUUGCUAUAGCUUGGAAUUUGUAUAUAAAAUUUAGUUAGAUUUUAUUUUUGUUAGGAACAAUAUAUAUUUAUUGAGUCAGUUGACAUUUAUCUUAUUCAUUGUUAAAUUCUUUUUAUUUAUGAAUAAACCUUUAAUUAAUAAACUUCAUGUAAGGUUCUAGUUUUCUUUUAGAAAAAUUUGGUUUUCUGUUCAGCAUUGCCCCUUCAUCCCCAUGAACUUGAUCUCUCAUGUUAAAUAUGUAUUUUACAUUGCUCAACUUUAACAAUAUGGUAUUACCAUACUACAGAGUUAGCUUCUCUGAUGGAAUUGGUGUUUUUAUAUACAUCUUUCAGAAUGUUGUUGUAUAUAUUUACCAUAUAUGAACAGAGAAGUUUAACAAUAAUGAAUUUUAUAUGUAGGUUAUGGUAUUUCAGAGUCUACUUAUAAACUGUAUUUCAUACAGUUUUUGAAGCCUCUGAUUCAUCUAAAUGAGUUUAGCAUUAGUAUUGUUUUGCUAGGAAAAAAGGAGUAAAAUCAAAAGCUUAUUGAAAUUAGAAUAUUUUUCUGAUUUGAAUUUUGAGAAUAAUAAUAAUAAUAAAAAGUUAUAAAAAUUGGUUUUCAAAUAGACAGGAAAUAUAUUGAAUACUAUAUUCCAGUAACUGACCUGAGAUGCAUUUCAUUUUAUUCCAAUUUAUGUUAGUAUUAAAUUGGAUGCUUAUUCUGCUGAUAAGUCUUAUCCUGUUUUGUUAUAUCAAACAGUGAUAUCAUUGUUUCUUUUUAUAAAUUUGUAUGUCACAAACAAUUGCUUCAUUUGUCUUUUUAUGACUUUUUGUAUUCAAUGUUCACGAAUAAAAAACAAAAAAAGGUUGAUAUUUGGGUCUAUUGUAUUGUGUGUGUCUUGCUUACUCACAUUCCAAUUGUUAUUUUUUUUUUUCUUUCAUUUAUGUUAUUUUCUCAGAUUUGUUUAAUUCAUGAAGACUUGUUUUAGAAAUCAUAGGUACUUAAAUAUUUCAUUUAGUCUUCUCAAAAGGUUAUUUUAGUUACGCACACUAACAUGCACACACAAAAUUUCCCAGCAGGUAAAGUAAUUUACAAUUAGUUUUAAUAUGAAAACAAAAUCUCUAUAUUUUUUUAAAUCAUAAAAUUCCGUUUCAUAUUUGAAUUGGAAAUAUAAAUUUUAAUCUGAAGUUUUAUACUUAUUAGCUUGCUUACUUAGAGAAAAAAAUGAACCCAUUAAAUAAACUUAACCUUCUCAGAUGCCUUACUUAUAUUUCAAUUUAAUUUUAGUAUGUACUAAGUUAUGUUAUUUAUUGUUUCUUUCCAUAAAGAUUGAACAACUUUGAUUUAUGUAACAACUGAUCGUAAAAAUACUAUUACCCGCACUCUGUACAUUAGGAUUUUACAAACAGCAGUUCUCUAAUGAAUAAUAAUUUGUUUUCAUUAUAUUUUGUAUAUGAUCAUUAUGACAUAAGUUAACUACAACCCAAUAUAUUUUUAGUGAAAAAUAUAUUGUCAUAUAUUGUUUCAAAUUUACAAAUUAUAUGUACAGACAUCUUGAAUUGUUAAUCGAAAAUUGUCAUUUCAAUUGAGCUUUUUUCCUCCAGUUGCAAAUUUAGCAAAUGAAUAAAAAAAAAAAAAAUCAAUAAAAACUGAACCAAAUGUU